UGGCAAAAAAACAUCUGGCGAUUGAUUACCUGCGAUUUCUUAACAUCAGGUUUAUAUAAAUAGGAGUACCGCAGGGAUCAAACGUCAGCUUGCAAGAUCGCAGACAUGAGAGCAGCACUUUCAAUCCUCCUCUUGGUCGCCGUCUGUCUCGUCCUUGUCGAUUCGGCUUACGGACGUCGACGACCCCCUGCUGAAGAAGAGAGCAAAGAGAAAUGCGAAAGGGCCUUCCCUCGGCGGGAGAAUCGACUACGCUGUAAGUACAUCUGCAAAGGAUGGCCUUUCCGCCGGGCUAAUGAAGACGACGGUACAGUUUGCAAUAAACGGAAAGGCGCCGAAGGCCGCUGCGUAAACGGAAGAUGCGUCACCGAUGAGAAAAAAUGGAGAACAGAGCAGCCUGGAACAGAGUCAGCCUGGACUACGCCAGGGGCAAGAUGGGAGACUUCGGAGCCAAGCGUGCCUUCGACCGGUGUUUAGGGCCUGAAACAUCGAAUUUCCCCUGUCGGAUUCCAGCCAUAGACGCGCGCCUGGAAUGACGACUGCGCAAAGCGAAACAAACAUGGAUGAACGCGCUUUGGAAAUAAAAUACUUUCAAUGAUAUUCCUAACAGCCAAUUAUCUAAAACCUAAAGGCAGCCAAUUCAGAAUUUUGUGGAAUAAAACAUUUUAUGCUAUAUAA